CUUCCUGUUUUCCGGGCGAAGAAGAGCUAACGACACAUGAUGAAACAACAUGCCACUUUAUCUGGUCGCGUAGCUAACGCUAAGGUUGUUAAAGAAAGAAAAGUUAUAUUUUAAAAGUAGUUUUCCUAGUGUACUUCAUCCCCACAUUCUCGAUUCGGACCUCGGUUUGUCGUUGUCAAGAUGCCUGUCCUGUGCAGUAACUGUGUUGAUAAGCGUGCUGUGCUGAAACGUCCAAAAACGGGCCAUUCGCUGUGUAAGGAGUGCUUUUUCUGGGCCUUUGAGGAGGAGGUGCAUCAGACGAUCGUGGCAGCACAGCUGUUCAACUCUGGGGAAAUAGUAGGAAUUGCUGCCUCGGGUGGAAAGGACUCCACAGUGCUCGCACAUAUAAUGAAGCUUCUAAAUGAGCGAUACAACUACGGCCUUGAACUUAUGCUUCUCUCGGUGGACGAGGGAAUCUCUGGUUACCGAGAUGACUCCUUGGAGACAGUAAAAAGGAAUCAGCAACAGUAUGAGCUGCCACUGAAGAUUGUGUCGUAUGAGGAGCUGUAUGGCUGGACUAUGGAUGCUAUAGUGAAGCAGGUGGGACUGAAAAAUAACUGCACCUUCUGUGGAGUGUUCAGAAGGCAGGCAUUAGACAGAGGAGCCAUCAUGCUGAAAGUGGACAAGAUAUGUACAGGUCACAAUGCUGACGACGUGGCGGAGACUGUUUUGAUGAACGUCUUGCGAGGGGACAUAGCACGUCUGCGCCGCUGCACUGCCAUUUCCACAGCCAGUGAAGGUGAAGGGGUCGUGCCGCGCUGCAAGCCCCUCAAAUAUGCGUAUGAGAAAGAGAUUGUUCUCUACGCUUACUUUAAGAAGUUGGACUACUUUUCCACUGAAUGUAUCUACUCUCCCAAUGCUUAUCGUGGCCAUGCAAGGACCUUUUUAAAGGACCUGGAGAGCGUAAGGCCUAGCUCCAUAAUGGAUAUCAUCCACUCAGGGGAGAACCUGUCGGUGCGGGAGGGGGUGAAGAUGCCUGUGCAGGGAACCUGCAACCGCUGUGGCUACAUCUCCAGCCAGGCUCUGUGCAAGUCAUGUGUGCUGCUAGAGGGGCUGAACCGAGGUCUGCCGAAGCUGGGCAUCGGCAAACACCACCGCCUGCAUGACAAAAUCCUCUCCCAGCAGCCCCUUACUGAGAAGGAGGAGAGGAAGCUGAAAUCAACAGACUUUUGACAAUUAUUAUCCUCUGUUUUAUUUGACAUAAGACUUUAAGAUUUUAGAAUAAACCAUAUUUGUGUCUUUUACAGUUAUUUGUUUUCAUUUGGCAUCAAUUUAAUAUGUAUUGAAAGUUGGCAUGGAACCUCUCAGACCAGUGAAGCAUCUUCACAGCGUAGAAAGUCCAUUCACUGCUGUUUUACAGCUGAUAACCAGGAAUCACUGAGAUACUAUUUACACAUACUUUCCAAUGGUUUUUAUAUAUUUAUAUACAUACAUACAUACAUCUCUCUCUCUGGGGAGGAUAUGAUGACAGUUGUGAUCACAUUCCAAGAUGUUUUAUGAACUCUAAUUUAAUAAAUGCAUUGUCCAGUA